CACACGGCCAGCUGUGUAAAGUUUCGGUUUUCACGGAACAACAUCAUCCAAAGAAACGGUCACUACUUGUGUUUGGUUCACGUUCGUUUCUGCGGCUGCCACACUGCCACGCAGAUCGGCGUGUCUGUACGAGCUCGCAGGUGCCGAGCGUUAAGACUCCGGAUUGUGUUAUGCUGCACUUUAAUGUGGCGUAACUUAAAGCUUUUUCGUGUCGGCAUAUCCACCGGACUCACAUGUACUGUGAUGAUAUGCUGAAUGUUGAUUUUUUGUUUUUAUAUUUUAAUUUAUAAAUUUAUUUAGGUUGUUGCCUAACUUUCAUAGCCCGGCUCUUAUUCGUCACUCCUUCCCCAGUGACCUGGAUAAAAACUGUUAUUUGCUCAAAUUGUCGAUUUUUAAAAAUAAUACGUUAACGCUCUUCUUACCCUCCUGCCUCACUAACACAAAAAUCCUGAACAGGUGUGUUUGUGACUCCUUAGUGGCACUUUCAUUUUCAAGCAAAGCCAUAUGUGGAAACUAGUAAGGGGACACUGAAUGUAUUGAGAUACUAAAAGCUACUUUUUCAUGUUGUAAUUUUUCACACUCUGGCUUUCCGUUUCUUAGAAACAUGAUAUUCCGUUAGAUGUGUGCAGGACAGUCUGAGACAUGUCUAGGAGACUGACUUAUUUUGUUGUCUUGUUUCAUUUUGUUUUUAGACAAUAACCUGUAGGGAGCCGAGGCUGCGUUUUGUAAGCUGUGAUUUAUGAAAAAAAAGGCCAAAAUUGAACACUUGUUAAAUAAUAAUAAAAGGACCCCAUAUUUCAACUGUUAAUUGUAACUAUAUGAUAAUAUCACUGAUAUAUGCUAUACAUGUAUGCUUUGAGUCAGUGGACAGUUUUAGUCUGUUUCAGGUGUGAUUCGCUGUGAGGGCAGGCCAAAGUGGAUUCGUGACAGACGUAGGCUACAUGCUGCAGAGCUGCUGAAUGCUCAUUUCAUCAUCAGAAACUUUUACCUGCUGUAUUAAAGUAUUAUGCAUUGACAGUAGUUGUCAUUUACUGAAAUGGGAACAAAUGAAUAUAAAAAAACUAACGUUCUAUUACAAGUUAAAAAAAAGGCUAAUACUUUAUUUUUAAAAGAUUAGGAUUAAAUUAUAAUAUUUUAAGAUGAGGGAAAGCACUUGAUAUGAGGAAAUGACUAGUAGCCUCCAUCAACAUGAGGAAAUAUCUAGUAGCCUCCAUCAACAUGAGAAAACGCAAGUUAACUGAAGUAAUAAUACUAAAAGCAUACAAGUAGCUUUCAGCAAAUGAAAGUACAGACUGCACUUACAACCAUAGCCUUUAAAUGGAAAGUAAUUUGAAAAGUAUCGGAAAGGGAUCAUAAUAUGUUACUGAGACUGUGUAAUCAUCAGGUCAGUCAGGCUGCACUGCAACAGGUCAUGUAUUUGGUGGAGGAACACGAGUGUCAUUCACUGUAUAGAUUAAUCAUAAAUAUCAGCCAUAUCAGCAAUAUCAACUGUCUAUGAAUGCAGCAGUAAAAAACAAUUAGAAAAUAUAAGUCUGUGCAAGUUUAAAAUUUAAUUCUGAUAUCUUGUUUGUAGAUAUUUUGAGCACAGCUGGGGUAAAGAGGCCGAGGAAAAGAGUCAAAGUGUUCCUAGAGAUGUAGCAGUAGAUCGUAUCAUAUUGUACCAUCACUGGCAUGUUAGCUUGUGGCAAGUUUGUUAGCUUGGGAGUAACACAUAUACGUUUUUCCCCGAAAGGCAAAGGCACUUUAAUGUUAAGUGUUAAAUCAGUGUAGGCAAAGUUUGUAGUGUAUGGUCGGCCCGUUUGAGGGUUUUUUUGUGCAAAUGCUGGUAAAUAUAUUCUGUGCUUAUUUAUAGAUGUAACUCACAAUAGUGGAGGCGCUAUUGCUUUUCGUUCUCGUUUAGUACAAAAAUUAAAAACUAGCAGAGUCUAGGUCGUCUGAAGUUCAUUCUGCUGUUGAUGCUACAGAGCCAGAGAUUUAUUUCAAAACCCCAUCAUGAGUGGGCAGAAAGACAUACAGAUUAACCACAAAAUGAGAGGCCAACUAAACGUGUCUGUUCAGUGUAAAAAUAUGUUUUGUUUUGUAAACACAGAAGAUUUUUUUUUCUUGUGCUGGAGUCCAAAGUUUGCGAAGUAAUAUUAAAUAUUUGAAAGUUUAUUUAGUAGAUUAGUAGAAGCUCAAUCAAGAGUGUUAUGUGACUGCAUGAAUAAGCUUUAAAUGAACAAUGUGUAAGAAUUGGUGUGUAUAUCUGUGCACAGGAAUCUGUGUUCAUGGCAAAUGGCUGCAGCAUAAACCCAGUAGUGAUUUAUUGUCUAAGUAGGCUCCUAAGCUGGUGUCCAGCAGUUUGAAUAUGGCCCAUUUUAAAUGUUUAAAGUCCAGAUCAGCAAUUGCUGUAUCACUGCCAUAGCUGCCUCAAGACUGGCUCUGAAUUUACCCACAGCUCUUGACAGACAGACAUACUCAUUGUGCCUUUUGCUGGUUUCUGUCUUUUUGCUUUUUCUGGAAAGCGUGUGUUGUUGCGGUAUAAUGAACUAGGCUGGUACAUGCAGCAGUUUCUGAUCGGCACUCUAAAUUUAGUGUAAGAUGUGUGUGCACUCUGGAGUAAAGAGAUGAGAUACAGUAAUAGAUUCUGUCUGCUUAUUGUGUAGUAGAACUGCUAGCUCACAGGUGGAACCAGUAAUGAACCGACAGUUGAAUGCUGUGCUGUCCCACAGGCUCAGAGUCUCUCUCCCUCUGCCUAACAGGGUGUGUGUGUGUGUGUGUGUGUGUGUGUGUGUGUGUGUGUGUGUUUCCUCUUGCACAGGGAGUUGGAGAGUGAGUGGACACCAGUCUCAUUGCCAGCUGGCUGAAAGAUUUCUGGGACUUACUUGCUGGCGAACUGGAUCAAUGAUGGAAUUACAAACAUUACAGGAGGCCCUGAAAGUAGAAAUACAAGUUCAUCAGAAACUGGUUGCACAAAUGAAGCAGGACCCACAGAAUGCUGAUCUGAAGAAACAGCUGCAUGAACUUCAGGCCAAGAUCACUGCUCUGAGUGAGAAACAGAAAAAGGUAGUGGAGCAGCUGAGGAAGGAGCUGUUGGUAAAGCAAGAGCCGGAGAUCAAGCUGCAGACGGUGCAGACAACCAUGGACAGUAAAGCGGUGCUGCUCGCACCCUCCUGCCAGCCCCCACAGCAGUCCACAGGGCCUUCUCACAACCAGGCAGCUCCACAGAAGACACUAACCGUCACACCGGUCCUCACCACGAAGACUCUACCUCUAGUGCUGAAAGCUGCCAGUUCCACCAUGCCUGCUUCCAUGGCAACGCCACGCCCUACUGUUGCCAUGGUCACUGCCAUCAGCAAUCCCCCCAGGCCUGCCAUGAACCCCGACUCCCAGAGUACACCAAUCAACCUUCAGGUGGCCGGCAAAUUAACCAGUCAGGAUCCAGAGGUUGCAGCACGGGUUGUGUCUAAGAACGUUAUCGUAGUGCAGGCCAGCACCACCUCGGCUCAGCCUAUCAAAGUACCCCAGUUUGUCCCUCCUCCUAGACUGACGCCUCGACCCACCUUUCUGCCACAGGUGCGUCCAAAACCCGCUGCCCCCAACAAUGUGCCCAUUGCCCCAGCUCCUCCGCCACCCAUGAUGGCAGCUCCACAGCUGCUCCAGCGCCCAGUCAUGCUCACCACAAAGCUGACCUCAGCACUGCCAGCUUCAGCCGGCCCCAUUCAUCAGGUGCGCAUAGUCAACGGCCAAACAUGCCAGGCUGUCCCCAAAACCACCACAACCCCAACGGGAGCCACUACAGCCCAGGUGACGGGCAUUGUGAUCAGCGGCCCCAUGCAGACACUGCAGAUCAGCAGCUUAAGCACGGACAUAAAGACUGUGAAAUCUCAGGGGGGUCCAGAGCAGGUGCUUAUGAGCACUACUUCAUCGCCUCCUCCCCCUCCUCCUAAGGUGAAGCGAGAGGAGAGUCCACAGAAACUUGCCUUCAUGGUGUCUCUCGGGUUAGUGACACAUGACCAUCUAGAAGAGAUUCAGAGCAGAAGGCAGGAACGGAAAAGGAGAACAACAGCCAACCCUGUGUACAGUGGAGCAGUGUUUGAACCAGAGAGGAAAAAGAGUGCAGUCACCUAUCUGAACACUCCCCUCCAUCAAGGAACGAGAAAGAGAGGUCGCCCUCCCAAAUACAGCAGCAGUGCGGCGGGGCCGGAGCUGGGCUGCCACCCCCUGCUCUCCCCAUCCAGCAGUCACCCCGCCUCCCCAGCCGCCGAGCGGCCCGAAAUCGGGGGCAUCCCCCUCCCUGUCCACCCCCACUCUCUCCCUCAGCCCAGCCCCAGCUCCGGGGAUGGAGACAUCCAUGAGGACUUCUGCACUGUGUGCAGACGCAGUGGCCAGUUGCUUAUGUGCGACACAUGCUCACGUGUCUACCACCUUGACUGCCUGGACCCGCCCCUCAAAAACAUUCCCAAAGGCAUGUGGAUCUGUCCCAAAUGUCAAGACCAGAUACUGAAGAAAGAAGAGGCCAUUCCAUGGCCUGGCACCCUGGCAAUUGUACAUUCCUACAUUGCAUAUAAGGAAGCGAAAGAAGAAGAGAAGCAGAAGUUGAUGAAAUGGAGUGCUGAGCUCAAACUGGAGAGAGAGCAGCUGGAACAACGAGUCAAACAGCUCAGCAACUCUAUAACGAAAUGCAUGGAGACCAAGAACAGCAUCCUGGCCCGGCAGAAAGAAAUGCAGGCGUCGCUGGAGAAGGUGAAACACCUGGUGCGCCUCAUCCACAGCUUUAACCUGUCUCAGCCUAUGGAGGUGGAGGAGUCCCAGAAUGUCAGCAGUGAGACCAAGAGUGACAACAUCCAGGAGACCAAGGAGCCCAUUAUACACGCAUGUGCCAAUCCUUCCGGGCCUGAGCAGAACCCAGCUCAACUUGCAGUCGUUCAGGUUCCGGCUACUGGCACGGCACCGGACAUACAAGCUGAGCCUGAGGUGGGGGAAAUGGCCGAGUCAGCCACUGCCGUCACUCCAGAGGCUGAGCCAGGGGAAUCAGGAGCAACUGAGAACCUUAAGACAGCAGUCUGUGAUGAGACAGCCGUGGUGAAGGCAGUGGAGCCAAUGGAAGUGACGGAGGUCAAAGCGAACGGGGGCGUGGACUCUGAGAGCCCUGCUCUGAGCCAUGAGGAGGAGAAGCAGAGUCCUGUGAACACCACUGACUCUAAAAAUACAGUUCCCUCUGCUACCAACAGUAACACCGCAGAAGCAGUCAAGAUGGAAGUUGAGCAGCAAGAGGACUCGGACCACGGCAACAGCACCAACAACGGCAAAACCUCAGAACCCUCCCAGCAGCUUUCGCCAGCCCCUCUCAACAAUGUGGAAGUCUCUAAAUAAUGCCCAGGCUAGUACAGUUCUCCUUCUCCCAAACAUUUAAAACAACUUCUACUGCACCCUGCACUGGUGCACCAAGUUGCCAAUCUAUAUACAUAUAUAUAUAUAUAUAUAUAUAUAUAUUACAUAUAUAUAUACGCAAAUGUUUUUUAUUAUUUUCUUUUUUUCUGUGUACGGUGAGACUGUGUCAACAGUGCUUCUACAUCCAAGGUGAACUAGUUAAGGUUCUUAUCAACAAAUGCGCUCAAAAGAGUGGGUGUUGGGGGAGGGGGGCUUAUAUUACAGUGUCAUGCCAAUUAGUGGAUUAUUUAAAAAAAAAAUACUAAUAAUAAAAAAUAACAAAGAAUUAAGUGAGUAAUAAUGAAGGAAGAGGAUCAUUUAAUAUAUCACAUCACACCAGUGUGUGCCUGCAACAGUUGCCCUUGAAACUCAUGGGGAUUGUUUCUUAGGUUGUCUUAGUUUUAUUUUCUCUGGGAGGAGGGUGGCAGGUCACACAUGUCCAAAGACUGCAUGCUGUGCCAACCCCCCAUGAGUCUCCAGCCAGGCCUGAGAGGACCCAUCCAAAACCAAAAGCUUCUUUUAUUCUUAGCAGGACUACUUGCAACAGUAUUCGCCAGCGGCGGGAAGCACCGAGGCUUCUGAAGUCACGGGCAUUUGUUAGACUAAAUCAGGACCGAUUAGGACUGUAACAAUGCAUCUAUCCAUCCACCUUCACCCUGCAGCCUGGUUUUCACUUCAGAGUGUGCUGUAGAAGGUGAGUGAUAUGGUUCAAUCGAAGAUCCAUAUCCAGAAUGAGUACACCUCAGAUUAAACAUCAGGAGAGAGGCAGGCAGAUGAUUGGCUGAGGCAGGUCUCUGUAAAGGUAAGGGCUGGAGAGAAGAGAUACAACAGCAUCAGACAAGUAUGAAAGUGAUGUGGGUCUUUAUUGCACCCUUCUUGUAAAACAUUGGAGGCUCACUUUGUUAAUGAGAUAAGAAAAAAAGGUGUCCAUCUCUGAGGAGUAUUUUGUCUUUUUUUUUUUUUUUUAUAUAUAGGAAAAUGUAUUCAGGUCUUCCUAGUCUUCACAAAAAAGUGCUUUUCUGUUUCUUGAAACAGUAAUUUGUUAUUGAAGGUGUUAAAAUGGCAUCAUUUAUGCAAGUAUCUCUCUUUGUUACAAAGAGGGGGGCAUUGCAUAAUGAGUGUAUGUUUAUUUUUUUAUUAUUCUGAACUGCCAAAUGCUUUUUUUCUAAAUCCAGAAUAUAGAUACAUUAGCAUAUUUUAUGUAUAGUCUAGGAAACAACAAAAAUAUUGCAGCCUCCUUCCCCGACAUCAUCCUGUAUGUUAACCAUACAUAUAAACAACAAUAAUGUCUCACAAUUUGCUGUCUUAAACUUGAGGGUUUGAUGUUUGAGCCAAAUUUAGUAAUAAGACAAAGACAGAAAACCCUGAAUUUAAAGCACAAGCUUAUUGCAAAUAAGUAAAGUAAACGCACUAAACACUUCUUGAAAGACUUUGUUAGGUAUGGCAUAGCUAAAAGUGAAUUAACCUUCUGUUCUGUAUCAUUGUGCUUGCCAGCGUUUCUUCGGUUUGAAGAACGUGUAAUGAAGCUGUGAUGCUGAAUUACCUUGUAAGUGGAGGGAUCCUCUGUAAGGCUUUGUACCAAGUCAUCUUGAGCCUUUGUUAUUGCCAUUCUUAAGACCAAAAUAUCAGACCUAGAUUCGACCUGUUAGCUGCUCUGGAUUGAUCCCCUCAGUUUCUUUCUCUUACGAACAUUCUUAAAUUGUCCUGAGUUAACCUGCAUCUUAAUGGUACUGCACAGUUGGCACCUCAAACAUGUUUACAUCUUUCCUAAUUGACAUAUCUUCACCGAGUCUGUCCUGAGCUCUUCAUGUGAACUUUAUCUGUGUUGACAGACCAUAAGGCUAUUUUUGAACAAUAAAUAUCAGACA